AUGGAAUUAUACCCCGCAGUCCAGCGCAAAGCCCCAGAGGGGAUCGAUCGUGUCCUCGACCCGAACAAGCUUCCUAAAUUCGACGAUCGUAACAAACUCCCAUAUAUUGAUGCCAUGGUCAAGGAAACCCUUAGAUGGCAUCCCAUUGGCCCGAUGGGCGUUCCGCACUUGGUCACCGAGGAUGAUAUUUAUGAAGGAUAUCUCAUCCUUAAGGGCGCGUUAAUCCUGCCAAACAUCUGGUACAUUGAGCUUUCCCAGGACGCCGAGUUUCACCCAUUCCAAUACAUAUUUAACCAUCAUAGGCGGUUUACCCAUGACCCCAAUGCCUAUUGCGACCCCGAGGCAUCCAUACCUGAGCGCUUUCUGGGCGACAAUCCUGAGCUCGAUCCGCAUACCAUUGCGUUCGGUUUUGGCAGACGCAUCUGUUCGGGCCGACUCCUAGCAGAUUCUACCGUCUUCCUGCGCAUCGCGUAG